UAUACAUACAUACAUACAGCAGCCCUCUCUCUAUAUACACGCGGAUAGAUCGAUUUGCAGAUACUCAAAACCCUACACAUUCCUCUCUCUGCUUUCAGGUGCUAAUUACUGACACACAGAGACCUUAACCUCUUAAUAAUGGCUGCGAUUGAUCCAACUCGCGGCUUUCUCAAGGAUGUUAAACGUAUCGUAAUCAAGGUUGGGACAGCUGUUGUCACCCGAGAAGACGGAAGACUUGCACUUGGAAGACUAGGAGCUCUCUGUGAGCAGAUUCAAACACUAAACACUCAAGGAUUCGAGGUCAUCUUGGUCUCAUCCGGUGCUGUCGGUGCAGGCAGACAGCGUCUUAGAUAUAGGAAACUGGUCCACAGCAGCUUUGCUGACCUCCAAAAACCACAAGUCGAGCUUGAUGGAAAGGCAUGUGCAGCCGUUGGACAAAAUGGUCUCAUGGCACUUUAUGAUACAUUGUUCAGUCAGUUGGAUGUGACAUCAGCUCAGCUUCUUGUGACUGAUAACGACUUCAGAAGCCCAGAAUUUAGGAAGCAACUUACUGAAACAGUGGAUUCAUUAUUGUCUUAUAAGGUUAUUCCGGUGUUUAACGAGAAUGACGCUGUUAGUACCCGCCGAGCUCCAUAUGAGGAUUCUUCUGGAAUUUUCUGGGAUAAUGACAGUUUGGCAGCUCUAUUAGCAUUGGAGCUCAAAGCAGACCUUCUUGUGCUGCUAAGUGACGUAGACGGUCUCUACAGUGGCCCCCCUAGUGAUCCUCAAUCAAAGCUAAUUCAUACAUAUGUAAAGGAAAAGCUUGAGAAUACAAUUACUUUCGGUGACAAGUCAAGGCUAGGACGAGGUGGAAUGACAGCUAAAGUCAAAGCCGCCGUUUACGCGUCACAGGCUGGCAUCCCUGUCAUUAUAACCAGUGGGUUUGCUGGGGACAAUAUUGUAAAAGUACUCCAAGGACAACACAUCGGUACAUUGUUUCAUCAGGAUGCUCACACAUGGGUCUCGAAUGGAGAAUUAAAUGCACGUGACAUGGCAGGAGCUGCAAGAGAAAGUUCUAGACGCCUUCAGGCCAUGCCUGUGAAAGAUAGAAGUAAGAUUUUACUGGAUAUUGCGGAUGCGCUGGAAGCAAAUGAAAAAGUAAUUGUGUAUGAAAAUGAAGCUGAUGUGAUUAACGCAAAGGAUGCUGGAUAUGAAGCAGCGCUAGUCUCUCGUUUGGCUCUCAAGUCUGGGAAGAUAUCUAGUCUUGCAAAAUCCAUACGUGUGCUUGCAAAUAUGGAGGAACCGAUCGGACAAGUAUUAAAGAGAACAGAGCUGUCAGACGGAUUGAUCUUAGAUAAGACAUCAUCUCCUUUGGGUGUACUUCUUGUUAUCUUUGAGUCUCGGCCAGAGGCGCUAGUUCAGAUAGCAUCGUUGGCCAUACGAACCGGAAAUGGGCUCUUAUUAAAAGGCGGAAAGGAAGCAAGACGGUCCAAUGCAAUCUUGCACAAGAUUAUUACGUCAGCCAUACCAGAAAAGGUCGGUGAAGGACUAAUUGGACUAGUCACUUCUAGAGAUGAGAUUCCUGCGUUGCUUAAGCUUGAUGAUGUUAUCGAUCUUGUGAUUCCAAGAGGAAGCAAUAAACUUGUCUCUCAAAUCAAGUCUUCAACAAAAAUUCCCGUUCUAGGUCAUGCAGAUGGGAUAUGUCAUGUGUUUGUUGACAAAUCUGCUGAUAUGGAAAUGGCAAAGAACAUAGUGGUGGAUGCAAAAACAGACUACCCUGCAGCCUGUAAUGCUAUGGAAACACUACUUGUUCAUAAAGAUCUGAUGGAGAAUGGUGGUGUUAAUGAGCUUCUUAUCGAGCUUCAAACUAAAGGUGUUAGCAUUAAUGGUGGUCCAAGGGCUAGCCCCAUGCUUAAUCUUCCAGCAGCACCUUCAUUUCAUCACGAGUAUAGUUCACUGACUUGCACCAUUGAAAUCGUGGAUGAUGUUCAUGCAGCCAUUGAUCAUAUCCACAAGCAUGGAAGUGCGCAUACUGAUUGUAUUGUUACACAAGACCGUGAGAUCGCAGACAUCUUUCUGCGUCAAGUCGACAGUGCUGCUGUGUUUCACAAUGCAAGCACGAGAUUUAGUGACGGGUUUCGCUUUGGUCUUGGUGCGGAGGUUGGUAUAAGCACCAGCAGGAUCCAUGCUCGUGGUCCAGUAGGAGUUGAAGGAUUGCUUACAACACGCUGGAUUGCAAGAGGAAGUGGACAAGUGGUAGAUAAUGAUAAAGGGGUCGUUUAUACUCACCGAGAUCUCACUCACCAAGCCUAAAGUGUGUGUUCGAGUGGUGAGUCAAACAAUUGUCAACCAGUGGUCCUGAAUGAAAUAUUUUCCCUCAAAAGGAAAAAAAAGCCGACAAGAAAGAUCUUGAGUGCACCAUUGAGUGUUGUAGUAAUUACAUUUAGCGGCUUUUAUUGCGAUCGUGAGUUAAGUGGACCGGGCUGUGAACUAAACGAUUGGUUGGUGAUUUAUUAUAGUUAUAAUAUAAUUAGAGAGGGAACAAAGUGGCUUUUGGUUAGUUGGGGUUGUUUAAUUGCUUUUCGCGAUUUGUGUUAAAAGAGUACCCUGUUAUGUUUCUUUGGUUUCAUUCUUCUCCUUAUGAAAGCAAACUUUAUAUUGUUUU